AUGCCUCGCUAUCGCGUCUUCCUGGGCGCCCCUCCGGCCCGUCCAGUGCCCACUACUCCAACACACCACUGGCAGACCAUCACAAACGCCGACGAGCACCCAUCGGAGCAGUCGCUGAUCCUCCCGCCGGCGACGCUCGAAGAGGCGGGCCGGCGCGUGUCGGAGUACUACGGGGGGAUCAUCUUUGACGACAGCGACGAGGAUGACACGACGGCGAUCAGCUGGCCGCCCUCCGCUUCCCAGCCCGUCGCACACACGAGCCCGUCCGCGCCAACGUCGUCGUCCGCGUCCGUCCCCUCCCUCCUCGAGACGCAGGAAACGUCGUUCCACACGUACUCGGACGCCUCGUCCAUCGCGCACUUUCCUGCCUUUCACUUUUCCCUGCACGCCCUCACCCCGCUUUCCUCCCUCCCGUCCCACUCACGCAAAGUCAACACGCUCGUUGCGGUGCUCGAGGUCGACGGCCCGGACGUGGUCAGGAUCAAGCAGGGGCGCGACGCGGGGAGGGAGGUGAGCGUGCUCAGGAUGAUCGUCGGCGACGAACGCGCGGUGGGCAAGGUCACGGCGUGGAGGGAGGUCGCGGAGGCGUGGGGCGGCGCGGUCACGCGCGGGGACGUCGUCCUCCUAUCGAACGUCUCCCCCGCCAGCACCCCCAACCACACCGACACCCCCGCCCUCACCGCCUCCCCGUUCCUCGGCAGCGCCCUCGACAUCUGCUACCGCUCCCUCCCCGCCUCCCGCGCCGACGCCCGCCUGCGCCCCGACCUGCGCCUCGCCCGCAGCGACGCCGCCGUGCGCGCCGUCGCCGCCGUCGUCGCGUGGUUCCAGCGCGUCGCGGGCCUGUCCGCGUGAGGACGGGC